UUUAAAGGAGAUAAAUUGAUUUUCUGUCUCCAAAGAUGGUAGAAAAAGGACUCUACUAAAAAAAGUUAUUUAGGUUAAAUUUGGAGAAAUUUUGGGUGUUGAUUAAAAAGUAAAACUCUAAAACUUAAUUUCUAGGGCCGCAACAAAUUAAAUGGUUUUCGUGUCGUCUUCCUGGAUCCACCGUAAUCAAGGACAAAUUACUCCCAUCAGAAACUUUGCUGUUUACGGAGGAAAAGCACAAAACAAAAAAAACAUCAGUUUUCUUGUCACAGCGAGUUGUGGGUUGGACAGAUUCACAGCAGGAAAUAAACCACAACUAGAGAAAUCCUCAACCUGCGCACAUUCAUCCAUGCGCCGGAUUCUGCCUCGAAAUGCCCGCUGCAACUUCCGACACCAGCAAAAUCACUGACUAUGAUGCGGCGACCGCCUUCCUGGGAGAAUGGGGACCUUUCCAGCGGCGGGUCGUUUUCCUCCUCUGCCUGAGCUUCAUUCCUAAUGGACUCACUGCGCUGUCUGUGGUGUUUCUGGCCGACACGCCGGAUCACCGCUGCGCGCUGCCCGCGCACCUGAACCUCAGCGCGGCGUGGAGGAACAACAGCAUCCCGCUGGAGGAGGAUGCGAACCGCGACGGCGCUUUGGUGCCCAGCAAGUGCUCCAGAUACAAAGUGGAGAAUUUAUUGAAUUACUCGGAGAGAGGCUUGCUGCCUGGAUCCGACGUUAAUCUGUCUAAUGUGCCUAAAGAAGGCUGUCUGGACGGAUGGGAGUUUGACCACAGCGUGUAUACUUCUACCAUCGUCUCUGAGUGGGACCUGGUGUGUGACCAAAGCUGGAAGAAGCCCCUCACUACUUCUUUGUUUUUCGGUGGCAUUCUUGCUGGCUCCUUCGUUUCAGGACAGCUCUCCGACAGAUUUGGGAGGAAAAUGGUGAUGUUUGGUACCAUAGGACUGCAAGUAGUCACAACACUGAUUCAGAUUUUCUCUUCAAGCUGGAUCAUGUUUGUCGUUUUGUAUUUUCUUCUUGCAGUGGAACAAAUUUCCAAUUACGUGGUUGCAUUUGUUCUAGGAGCAGAAAUUUUAGGUCCUCAGGUCCGAACUUUUUUCUCCACUGCUGGAGUGUGUCUUUUCUUCGCGGUGGGCUACACACUCCUACCUUUGUUUGCAUUCUUUGUGAGAGACUGGAGGAUGCUUCAGGUGGGCUUCAUGUUGGCUGGCAGCGUUUGUUUGCCCCUCUUCUGGUUCAUCCCAGAGUCGCCUCGCUGGUUGCUUUCCCAGGGUAGAGUCGAGGAAGCCGAGGUCAUCAUCCGGAAUGCUGCCAAGAUGAACAGGAUUGAAUCUCCACCCGUCAUCUUUAGCCCUCUGAAGGUCAGAGCAUUAAACACCCAC